CCCUCUAUCUUCCAUUUCACAACAAAAUUUUUCUUCCAUAUAAACAUACAUAUAUUAUCCAUGACCACCUUUUACCAUGUUAGAAAUGGCAGUGUUCUUUUCCUAUGGGUUCUGGUAUCUGCUGCCUGUGUUUGGGGUCGACCAGCCACGUUUCUGCAGGACUUUCGUGUCACCUGGGCUGACUCCCACAUCACUCAAAUUGAUCAAGGCAGGGCAAUCCAACUAAGGCUUGACCAAAACUCUGGAUGUGGCUUUGCUUCCAAGGUGAAGUACAUGUUUGGGCGUGUUAGCAUGAAGAUCAAACUCGUCCCGGGAGACUCUGCUGGCACAGUCACUGCAUUUUAUCUGAACUCUGACACGGACAAUGUUCGUGAUGAGCUUGAUUUUGAGUUCUUGGGGAACCGUACCGGACAACCUUACACAGUUCAAACAAACAUCUACGCUCAUGGAAAGGGUGACAGAGAACAGAGGGUUAACCUCUGGUUUGACCCUUCCGCGGACUUCCACACUUACUCAAUUCUGUGGAACCAUCGCCACAUUGUAUUCUACGUAGAUGAUAUUCCAAUCAGAGUGUACAAGAACAACGAGGGAAGGGGGGUUCCGUACCCGAAGAUGCAGGCGAUGGGAGUGUAUUCGACACUGUGGGAAGCAGAUGACUGGGCCACAAGGGGUGGUUUGGAGAAAAUCGAUUGGAGCAGAGCACCAUUCUACGCUUACUACAAGGACUUUGAUAUUGAAGGGUGCGCAGUGCCGGGACCAGCUAACUGUGCUUCCAACCCCAGAAACUGGUGGGAGGGUGCUGCAUAUCAGGCUCUUAACGCCAUUGAAGCCAGAAGGUACAGGUGGGUUCGUAUGAACCAUGUCAUCUAUGAUUACUGUAGAGAUAAGUCAAGGUACCCAAUCACCCCACCAGAGUGCCUUGCUGGCAUUUAAUUCAGUGGCGCACAAUUCACAACAUUCCUUCCUGCUUCAUUUAUACCUACAUCCUAUGUUUUUCACUUUAUUUUACGUUGUUUUCUUCUGUUGUUGUGUACACACAAUGUUCACAUACCAAAUUAUUCUUGGGUCCAACCCUCUGUUCCUAUAUCUCACCAUGCAAACCUCUUCAGGUCCUCUUACUUUGUGUUUUGGCGCUCGCUCGCAUGUUGUUUGCUGUAUAAGAAAAACUUUUCUACCCAUUAUUGUCAGGAUUAAAUGAAACUUUUUAUUAUUUCUUUUUUA